UCCACUCUGGUUAGCAGCCGCUCUGCAAGGACCAUCGGCAACGUGAUCAUGGCAGUCUCGGUGCACAACGGCAGUGCUCUUCCUCCGGCUCCUCGGACACGGAGCUCUCCUUCCAGAUACCUGUGGCUUUGCAUUUCCUUCGGGCUUUUCCUGCUGCCGUCCGCUUUGGCUGGGAUCUCCCUGCACAGGGAGCGAACCGUGGGCACCAACGUGGGGAGACAGCAGCGCUUGGCUCGGGGUGAGCGGGCCGGAUUGGCCGAGGGAGCUCGGGUGAAGAGGUCCUCUAGCCCGCAGCAGGAGCCGGCUCUCGUUAGCACUUCCUUCAUCCUCAGAGGAGACGCUUCCCACAAUCAGGCGAUGGUGCACUGGACGGGGGAGAACAGCAGCGUGAUCCUGAUUCUUACUAAGCUCUUCCAUUCAGAUAUGGGGAAGGUUCUGGAAAGUUCUUUGUGGCGGUCAUCAGAUUAUGGAACAAACUAUGUAAAACUGAACUUGCAGUCUGGCACCAACAUAAUCACCAAUUUCUACAUUUGUCCUGCAAACAAGAAAAAGGUAAUCCUUGUCAGCUCAUCAAUGAAUGAUCGUGAUCAGAGUCUCUUCGUGAGCACAGAUGAGGGAGCCAACUUUCAAAAACAGCAGAUUUUCUUCUCUCUCGAGACACUGGUUUUUCACCCCAAAGAGGAGGAUAAGUUACUUGUGUACAGCAAGGAAGGCCGGUUAUAUUUUUCUACUGAUCUUGGCAAGAAUUGGGAGUUACUGCAGGAACGAGUAACAAAGGAGCGAUUUUAUUGGGCUGUGACAGGAGUUGACAGUGACCCUGAUUUAGUUCACAUGGAAAUUCAGGACAAGAGUGGAGGCUUUCUUUAUGUCACCUGCCACCUUGAAAACUGCACUGAGAAAGCACUGAAAGCUCAUUUCUCUGGAAAUAUAGAUCAGAAUUCGUUGCUUGUCAAUGAUGACUACAUUUUCAUUCAGGCAACUUCUGAAAAUCGGACCAAGUAUUAUGUCUCUUACCGGAGAGGCGAGUUUAUUCAGAUGAAGUUACCAAAGUAUGCCCUACCAAAGGACAUGCAAAUCAUCAGUACAGAUGAGAAUCAAGUAUUUGUGGCUGUUAAGGAGUGGCAUCAGACAGAUACCUAUAGCCUCUACCUGUCGGACCUGAAGGGUGUGUACUUUACCCUCGCUCUAGAGGAUGUCAGGAGUACCAAACAGCCAGAAGAAAAUGUUGUGAUAGAUAUUCAUGAGGUGCAGGGAAUUAAAGGGGUUUUCUUGGCUAAUAAAAAAUCGAAUGGUAAAGUGAAGACCUACAUCACCUACAAUAAAGGCCGUGAUUGGCAACUGUUGACUCCACCUUCCACUGACAUGAAUGGCAAACCAACUAACUGCCAUCUGCCUGAAUGCUCUGUUCAUCUGCACCUUCGUUGGGCGGACAACCCAUAUGUAUCUGGCACUGUUCACACCAAAGAUUCGGCACCAGGACUUAUAAUGGGAGCAGGAAAUUUAGGAGCCCAGCUGGUUGAGUACAAGGAAGAUAUGUACGUAACCUCUGACUGUGGCAAUACAUGGAGGCAGGUAUUUGAGGAAGAACAUCAUAUCCUUUAUCUUGAUCAUGGUGGUGUUAUUGUAGCUAUCAAGGAUACCUCAAUUCCUCUGAAGAUAUUAAAAUUCAGUGUUGACGAAGGAUAUACUUGGACAACGCAUAAUUUCACAAGCACUUCUGUCUUUGUAGAUGGGCUACUUAGUGAACCAGGAGAUGAAACACUGGUUAUGACGAUAUUUGGUCACAUUAGCUUCCGUUCAGACUGGGAACUGGUAAAAGUGGACUUCAGACCAUCCUUUAGCAGACAGUGUUCACCUGAUGAUUAUGACUCAUGGGAUCUCAUGAACCAGGAUAAGCAUUGCAUCAUGGGUGAACAGAGACAAUUCCGUAAGCGAAAAAUAUCCUCAUGGUGUAUUAAAGGAAAGAACUUCACAUCAGCCCUUACAUCAAAACGUUGCCAGUGCACAGAAUUUGAUUUUGAGUGUGACUAUGGCUUUGAACAGCAAGCUAAUGGCAGAUGUGUCCCAGCAUUUUGGUACAAUCCAGAUUCACCUUCUGAAGACUGUAAAUUUGGACAUACAUACACCAAAAGCUCUGGUUACAGGAAGGUGGCACUGAAUGUCUGUAAGGGUGGCGUGGACAAACGGCAGGGCUCCAAGCAGCACCGAUGCCCGUUAAUGGCUCCUAAAGGGCUCCGUAUAGUUACGAAAGGAGAAAGGCUAGCAGUCAACCCUGGUGAUGAUGUUACAUUCUUGAUAAUGCAGAAUCAGGGUGAUACUUUAAACACAAAAUAUCAAGUGGAUCUUGGAGAUGGUUUCAAGGCAAUGUAUGUCAACCUCACACUGAUGGAUGAACCAAUUCAACAUAGAUAUGAAAAGCCAGGAAUCUACCGUGUCUCUGUGAAAGCUGAAAACCUUGCAGGGUCUGAUGAAGCCAUGGUUUACAUUCAAGUGAACUCACCUCUCCAAGUUGUGCACCUGGAGGCACUGCCAGUUGUUCGCAGGAACCAACAAAUAAAUCUGACAGCAUUAGUGCAACCCAGCAACUCCAACCACACAGUCUUCCAAUGGUGGCUGGGGGACAAUCUUGAGCCUCGUCUUACCUUAGAAAACAGUCUCAUAACCAGCUUUAGUGAAAAUGGUCAGAUUAAAGUCACAGUCCAAGCUUCAUGUGGUAGUUCCAUGGUUCAAGAUUCGAAGGUGGUGCGGAUAUUUGAUCAGUUGGAAGUUCUACCUCUUGAAUUUUCUCAGAACAUCGACAGUUACAAUCCUAAUGUACCAGAGUGGAGGGAAGAUAUUGGACAGGUCAUAUCAAGGAUUUUAGCAGAGACGACAGGCAUGCCUGAGGAAUUACUUUUAACAGUGGUGAGAGUGGGUCUACCCACCACAGCAGAGCUGUAUCUGCUUCCCCCAUCAGAGAAACUGAAGAGGAAAAGAAGCAUAACAGCUGACAAGGGAAUUGAAUCCUUAAUAGAAGCUCUGACAGAGAAUCAGGUAAAAAUCUCCCUGAAACCAGGGGUGGAAGUGACUGUUACACUGGCUGAUUAUCGAGCAGUUUCCCAGAAAUCUAUUGGAGGGAAAGGCGUGCUGAUUGUCGUUAUUAUGUUUGUGAUCUGCCUGCUCGUCGUUGGAGUUUUCAUUUUACACAAGUUCAAGAGGAAGAUACCUGGGCGGAAUGUUUAUGCACAGAUGCAUAAUGAAAAGGAACAGGAAAUGACCAGCCCUGUCAAUCACAGUGAAGACACACAGCACAUCAUACAAGGAGAAGAGUAUAUUGAUGAUGAUUUGGACUCCCAGACGCUAGGUGGCCACUCUUCUGUGGUUCUCAGCAUAAACUCCCGGGAAACGCAUAAUUAUUUGAGUAGCUGAUGUUUGCUCCGGAUGAAGUGUUAAGACUCACCACCAUUUUGUUUUGUUGUUCCUGGGGCUGGGAGUAGGUGAAGCAGUGAAGUGAACUGCAUUGUGGUGAUGGGACUGUGGGUAAUCUCGCCUUCAGUAGUUACUAAAUCUUCAAUCAAGCAUCAGAACGUUUUGAAGAACCCUUACAUAGAGAGUGACAUCUCGGAAUGGAACCCUGAAAUGAUCACUGCCAUUCCAACCACUGCAUCUUUCUAUGAAUGAGCACUGAUGGGCUGGGGAGCAACCUGCCUUGAUAUGUUGUUACAUGAAUUCCUCUCUCUUUCCCUUCUUGCAAGCUGUUUGAAAAAAAAGGUACAUCGCAGGUUUGUCACUUCUCAAUUGGACAUACCUUUUAUUUCGAUUCCACUGAAUGAAUUUUUUUUAACAUUUGAAAUAUGUUCU